CACCAUGCUGCCGGCUCUUCUUGCUGGAGUCCUGGCCCUGCUCGCAUACCUCUACAUCUCAUUAUGGAGGCAGAGACGUAACCUGCCCCCAGGGCCCACACCGUGGCCCAUCAUUGGAAAUCUGCACCAGAUCAACAAGGUGGCUCCUUACGACACCUUCACAGAGCUGGGAGAGAAGUACGGAAGCGUCUACACCGUCUACUUUGGGUGGAACCCGACGGUGGUCCUGUAUGGCUACGACACGCUCAAAGAGGCCCUGCUGGGCCAGGCCGAGGAUUUCAGCGGAAGAGCCGUCCUUCCUGUGUUUGCCCGGGUGGCCAGAAGAAAAGGACUGGUCUUCUCUAACGGACCUCACUGGUAUCAGCAAAGAAAGUUCUCCCUGACCACCCUGAGGAACUUUGGGAUGGGAAAGAGGAGUAUUGAGGAACGUGUGACCGAAGAAGCCAAGUUUCUGGUGGAGUACUUCAGGUUAAGGAAUGGAAAACCUUUCAACCCGGGCCCUGAGCUCACUGCCGCCGUGUCCAAUGUCAUCUGCUCCAUCGUGUUCGGAGAUCGCUUUGAUACAAAGGACGUGACUUUCCAAACCUUGCACAAUAUGAUCCUCGAAAAUCUGAGCUUCUUGGGCAAACGGGGCUUCCAGCUGUACAACGCUUUCCCGGAAAUCCUCAAGUGGCUUCCCGGUGAACACAACAAGAUCUUCCUGAAUGGCACCAUGCUGCAGAAAUUCCUGACCGACCUGAUCGAAAAGCACGUCGAAACCCGCGACCCCAACUGCCCGCGAGACUUUGUCGACAGUUUCCUAAAUAAGAUAGAUGAGGAAAAGGGUGACCCGGGGUCCCAUUUUACCAUAGAGAGCCUGACAAUGACCACCUUCAACCUUUUCAUUGCCGGGACUGGCACCACGUCCUCCACCCUCCGAUGGCUGCUGAAGUUUAUGAUGGAGUAUCCCGAAAUUCAGAAGAAAGUUCAGGCUGAGAUUGAUGACGUUCUUGGCUCGGAGAAAUGCCCGUCUCUGGAGCACCGCGUCUCCUUACCGUACACCGAUGCCGUGAUUCAUGAAGCACAGAGAUACGCCAGUGUAGUGCCCAACGGUCUGCCCCAUGCGGCUCUGCAGAACAUCAUGUUCAAAGGAUACACUAUACCAAAGGACACUCAGAUCAUCACGUUCCUGCACUCGGCUCUCUACGACAAGAAAUACUGGGACAAGCCUGAAGAGUUCAACCCGGCCCGUUUCCUGGACCAGGGUGGCAAGUUUGUGAAGAAUGAGGCUCAUAUCCCAUUCGGAGCAGGUAAGAGGUCCUGCAUCGGGGAGGCUUUGGCCAAGACGGAGAUCUUCAUCUUUUUUGUCAGCUUCCUCCAGAAGUUCAACUUGAAAUUUCCUCCGGGUGAAAAGGGGCCCAUCGGACUCAUCGAAGGCGGGACGCGUGACCCCAAACCGUUCAACAUGUGCGCCGAGUGUCGUUUAUAAAGCAAGCAGCUCUC